CAAAUACCGGCCGAUUCCACAGAUUCUCCAUUACAUAAGACAUCGAUCGGCCCUUUGCCUCAAAGUUAUGUCAAACACAUAACCGUUUGUGAGGAGACUUACGGCAUAAUAGGCGCUAAUUAUCCCGCAUUAGAACUGAUGGCUCUCUACACGGCGGCGGCAAUGCAUGACUUUGAUCACCCCGGGAGGACCAAUGCCUUUCUCGUUGCCACUUAUGCUUCUCAGGCCAUUUUAUAUAACGAUAGGUCGGUGCUGGAGAACCAUCACGCGGCCGCCGCCUGGAGUCUCUUCCUAUCAAAACCAGAAUAUAAUUGGUUGAGACAUCUCGAUAGGGCUGAGUUCAAGCGAUUCCGGUUUUUAGUCAUUGAGUUCAUUUUGGCAACUGAUCUAAAAAGACAUUUCGAAAUUUUAGCCGAAUUUAAUGCCAAAGUCAAUGAUGAUGACUCUACUGGGAUCGACUGGUUUUCAGAAACCGAUAGACUUUUAGUUAUGGAAAUGACUAUAAAGAUAGCUGACAUUAAUGGUCCCCUAAAGAUAUUUGAAAUCCAUCAGCAAUGGACGCAUCGAAUCGCUGAAGAGUUCUAUGAACAGGGAGAUGAAGAACAAAGACUUGGUCUUCCAAUCUCUCCGUUUAUGGACCGUAAAAAUCCCCAAUUGGCUAAACUUCAAGAAUCGUUUAUAAACCAUUUGGUGGGACCCUUAUGUAAUGCAUACGCAGAGGCAGGCCUUUUGCCCGGUGUUUGGGAAUAUCAGGACUCAUCCGAUUGCGAGGGCAGUGAAGAUGGGAUCAGAAAUGAAGGCGAAAUUAGCACCAAAUCGGAUUUAGACAAAAACUCGAGAAAAGUGAGUUGUCUUCAGACAACACAUCUUCAAGAGAACUACGAGUUUUGGAUCAAUAUUCUGAAAGAGAAGAAGAAUUCACAUUCACUACAAUCUUCUCCUAACAUAAGCAGUGAUGACUCGAGUACUCCAGUCCUCACUCAACAAACUCUGGAAGAGAUUAUUGAAGCCGAAGAGAAUCAAAGCCAAGGAAGCAGUUAUAGUAAUGGCGAUAAUAAUCUAGUUUUUGAGAAUAUCACUCAUAUUAAUGAUUAAGUCCUUCACUUAUACUGUAUUAUCAAUUGAACCCCUUUCUAACUGUGAUGUAAUAAACGCUUUACACAAUCGCUCCCGAAAUCAAUUAUAUUCUCAUCAUUUUGACCACAAAUGAAAAUAUAACUUCAAAUCAUAACUCAAUCAUAUAAUAGUGAGAACCACUGUGUAAUUGGCCAACAAUUUUGAGCUUUAAUUCCUUAGAUUCCUUAAGUUUAUGUCAAUUCUCCA